AUGAAACCUGAUCAACACAAAGAAGAAAAUUCACGAAGAUAUCAUGCUAAACUUCGUUCACAAGGUGGAGAGGCAGCAAAGGAAGCACAAGAAAAGCGUAGAGAACGUCAAAUAAAAGCAAGAAGACGUGAGACAAAGGAAUGUGAAAAAGAAGGAGGAAGAGAAGGGAAAGAAGGAGCUAAGAACGUUGAGCAAACUUCUACAAAACAUUCCUAUCGUCGGAGGAAUCUUGGCAAUAAUUUAUAUAGAUAUAGGGAUCCGAUAUCUGACGACUUUGCAAAGCUAAGAUUCUUCUGUAUCACAGACAAUGAACCAUACGAUCCAUCAGCGUAUUUUCAGUUUAAGGAAGAAAAAAAAUUAGUUGAAGAUACUCAAAAUACUGAUGAGGUUUACAACGAUCUUGUGAACAUUCACUUGGAUGAUCUAGAGCUUUCGUUAAGCACUGUUUCGUUAGAAGACAGACUCAAUUUGGGCAACGGUGGUCUUGGGGGGUUCAAUGAGAUGUUAAACAUUUUAGGGCCAAUAAUGCCAAGAUCGAUAAGAUCAGUUGACGAAAUCUUAACAAAGAAGUCUCAAGAUGGAAAUACAAUCCGACCGCUGGCCCAGGCAGAAAAGCCAACGACGCGAGUAUCACAGCCUUCGAGGUUGGAAUCCACAACAAUGAAAAUCAAAGACGAAGAAGUUAUUGAUGAUUUCUUGAAGUCACUAGAUGAGAAUGUUGUAACAGAAGCCACUCAACCUGCAAGGUCGCGAACAAGAAAACCGUCGACUCCCAGUUCUUCUAGCAAAAUCAGUAACAAUAUAGUGACAAACGUUAAUGAUAUGGAAAAGUUAUUGGAUGAUAUUUUAGGAGAAUGA